AUGUGGCGAUGGCCUUGUCAACCGACUGCGGUCGAUGCGUCGAUGAGCGUUACUAUCCGCAGAUGUGGCACACACGGGUCCUACAUCAGCGACUUCCAUUUCAGGCCGUCCCCCGGAGCAUCAAACCCACGUCCGUACACGCUGCAGCGCACCACCGCUCUUGCAGAGAUCAUGAGGGAUGUCCCCACAGUCACCAUAGCCGUUCCGUCCCACACCGCGGAAACUCACAUCACCGCCGUAGACGUGCCCUCCCUUUCCAAACUGCACGGGACGGCGAACCUCAAGAUCUCGAUGCAUAACAGUACCGCCGCGGACUUUCGAGCGGUCCUGCGUGCCCUCGCGGGCGAGACCAGCGACGCGCUGCACGACCUCGUCGUCAGGCAUCCCGCCACAUCGUUCACCGCGGGGAUCGAGGAGCUUGCGACGCUCGCCCUCCGCGCUCCGUUUGUCGGUCUUCGGAGCGCGAGCUUCCGCCUUCUCAUGGUGGACGAAAACGCAAAGAAUAGGAGCGCGACGCGACCGGGGCCGGACGUUGCGGCGACACUGGGGGCGGGCGCCGUCGAGGUCCUGGCGAGAGCAUUGCCCCAUUUUGUGUGGGCGACGAAGGUGGAGGUGGAGAUCGUCGGCGAGGGCGAGCGUUGUGUCUGA